UCUCAUUACAAUUCAAGAUCAAAAAGCUCCAGCAUCCCUACUAAUCCGUCUGUAGCCGCGCACUGUGCGGGAGUAUAUGAACAUGCUAGUGGGAGACACCUUCGUCUCACCUGAUCUAGCAAGCCCGUGCGAUCAGUGAUCAGUGUCUGUCUGACGAUCGGAAUACAAGCAUCGCCAAAAAGCUCAGACUAAUAAGUAAGUAAAGCUCGUGCGCCGAUAUUCGCGUGUUUCACACUUUUUCCAUCAUGGACACUCUGCUUCAAUAUAACGCGGAAUUAUCUCAGAGACUUUCUUUACCUUUAGACAGCCCGAAUUAUACAGAUUCGAACAAUAACAGUGAUAACGACAAAUCGAAUCGCGGUGAUAAGUACUCGUUAAGACCUCGGUCGUCCAGAAGGAGAAACGUACCGGAAGAGAUUAUUCCUGAGAAAAGUUCAAAAACACGAACGCCGAAACCGAAACAAAAACCCGCUCCAUUAAGCAAGUACAGGAGGAAAACGGCGAAUGCACGGGAAAGGAGUCGGAUGAAGGAGAUCAACCAAGCGUUCGAAACGUUGCGGCAAGCCGUUCCCGAAGUGUACGCAACACAUUUCGGAUCUAAUGAAAAAUUAACUAAAAUCACCACAUUACGACUGGCAAUGAAAUACAUAUCGACUCUAAGUGCAGCGCUGAUGACGAGUGAUGGUAAUACGAGCGUCGUAACGUCGCCCGAUUUUUCGGAUUGCAGUGAUUUGGAUUGCUUGCUGCUGGAAUCGGACGGCGAAUCAUUACCGUUGAACUCCGAUCUGUCCGAUCAUUCGCUGACUCCUGCGGAUUUUUCAGUCGAUUUUCCGGACGACUCCUUGUCCUCUGUUGACUUCGGGCACUUAUCUCCCGGAUUUUCGGAACAUUUAUCUUUCGACUGCUUCUUGACCGAUAUAAAGUAAUUAUUAUAAAUAAUUUUGGAAGAGCGUACGCUUUUAGCUUUUAAGAGAACGUAAACGAUUCCGUCCUGUGAAAUUUCCUGAAAUGUGCUAUAUUUUCUUUUAAGUAAUCGACCAACACUUAGAAAAUUUAUUGUUGGUAUUGUAAAAUCGGGUUAUAAAUGAGUAAGUUCGAUAGUUAUGUACCGUACACAUACGUAGUUCAAGUGUUUUUAAGAAGCGAUCAGAGUCUGUAAGUCCGUACUGACUGUAAGUCUUACUAUUACUAUUAUAUCAUAAUGAUAAGUUGUUUUUUAUUGCCAUUGCUAUUUAUAAAUUUUUGUACAG